CUUGGCUUUUUAAGUCACCCAUAGAUACAGAAAGUAACGGAGACAACAAGCAGAAGUUUCUUUUGAAGGCAGACAGAUUACAUUUUGUCAUUCAACUGAUAUUUUUCUCCUGGAAUACGAUUUAUAAUCCUGAGACUCCAAAGGCAAGAACAAAUUCAGAAUGAAUGAGAAACUCCAAGCACUGAAACAGCUGGUUUGCUUUUCAAUCGAUGAGGCCAAGGACAAACUCCAUCUGUUAGGAGACUCGAUAUGGCGCCACCCAGAGGUGGCAUAUGAGGAAAGACAAGCUCAUGAAACUCUGGUCCGCUUCUUCACCCAGGAGAAAGGGUGGACAGUAGAAGCACACUACAAACUAGAAACAGCUUUUCGGGCCACAUGGGGACCUGUAGGUGGAGGAGAUGGUAAGGCUGUGGUUAACGUGGGGUUCCUGUGUGAGUAUGAUGCUCUGCCCGCUAUAGGCCACGCGUGUGGACACAACCUGAUAGCAGAGAGUGGAGCUGCAGCAGCCCUCGGCCUGAAGGCGGCACUAGAGAGCAAGGAGGCGUGGCCUGUGUCAAUCAAGGUAACUGUGUUGGGGACUCCAGCAGAAGAGGCUGAAGGUGGGAAGGUGGACUUGCUCCGAGAAGGAGUCUUUGAGGAUCUGGAUGUGGUGUUUAUGGCUCAUCCUUCACAGGAGGACGCGACCUACAUCCCAGAUGUGGCAGAACACGACCUUGUAGUGAAGUACCAUGGACGUGCAUCACAUGCAUCAUCUUAUCCCUGGGAAGGGGUAAACGCACUAGACGCGGCCGUCAUGGCCUACACUAACAUAUCUGUACUCCGCCAGCAGCUCAGACCUGACUGGAGGGUCCAUGGUAUAAUAAGGCAUGGAGGUGUGAAACCCAACAUCAUCCCUGACUACAGUGAGCUGGAGUAUUACUUACGCACCCCUUCACACCGAGACCUGCCCAUCAUUCAAGCCAAAGCCGAGACCUGUUUUCAAGCUGCUGCUCUGGCCACAGGAUGUAAGGUUGAGCUUAUUUUUGCCAGGAACAAGUUUUAUGAAAUCCUAAGGAACCGCACUUUGGAAAGCCUGUAUGAGGAGAAUGGGAAAUCUCUUGGCAUGAAGUUUAUUACGGUUGAGACUUCUUCUGGCUCUACAGAUUUCGGGAAUGUGACUCAUGCUGUUCCAGGGAUUCACCCUUAUUUCUACAUUGGCUCUGAGGCACUGAAUCACACCACAGAAUAUACAGCUGCCUCUGGUUCAGACGAAGCUCAGUUUUACACACUCCGUACUGCCAAAGCUUUGGCCAUGACAGCAUUGGAUGUGAUCUUCAGCCCCGGAGUGCUAGACAACGUGAAACGGGAGUUUAAAGAAGCCAAACUCAGAGAGGAGAGAUGACUGCGAUCGCAAGAGGUGAAACAUGGGCACGUAGAGACUAACAAGACAAAUGAAACAGCCAUAAAAGACGAAUACUUUACAACUCUGUUUUAUUCUUCAGUAUCCUCGUUUCUUGGUCUCUGUCUUGUAGCAUGUGAACUGAACAACCAUCAAUACAGUGGAUUAUACAGUGCUGUGAAAAAAGUAUUUGUGCCCUGCUGAUUUUUAUUUAGUAUUUUUGCAUAUUUAAAAUCACGCAAUGAAAUGAAAUAAUUUAAAAUCUGUAUUUUGCAUUUACUUGAGUUUUCCUUUGUGUAAUUUUGAAAUUUGGUUGAUCUGAAUCGUUUAAGUGAAAAA